AUGCCGUUCAUGCCGGUGAAGUUCAACCUGCAGAAGCGGGUGAAGCUGGCUCAGGGUCUGUGGAUGAUCUUCUGGCUCUCGGUCAUCGUGGGGAUCCUCCUCUUCAGCCUCGGCAUCUUCUUCAAGAUCGAGCUGCGGAAGAGAAGCGAGAUGAUGGACAACAACGAGAGCCAUUUAGUGCCCAACCUGUUGAUCCUGGUGGGCCUGAUGGCCUGCGGGGUCAACGCCUUCGGAGGGAAGGUGUGCCACGACUCUCUGGACCCGAUCAAGUUUGCCAAGUGGAAGCCGAUGCUGAAGCCGUUCCUGCUGCUCUGCUGCGGCUUCAACGCUCUGCUGCUGCUGACGGCACUGCUCUGCUUCCUAAUGCAGUUUGCCGUGUACCUGACGCUCGCCGAGGGCCUGAAGAACAGCAUCAAGUUCUACAAGGACACCGACACACCGGGACGCUGCUUCAUGAAGAGGACCUUGGACAUGACCCAGAUCGAGUUCCGCUGCUGUGGCAACAACAACUUCAGGGACUGGUUCGAGGUUCAGUGGAUCAGCAACCGCUACCUGGACAUGAGCAACGACCUGGUGAAGGAUCGGGUCCUCAGUAACGUGGAGCAGAAGUACCUGAUGGACAGUGUCCCCUUCAGCUGCUGUAACCCCGGGUCCCCUCGGCCCUGCAUCCAGCAUCACCUGACCAAUAACUCCGCCCACUACGACUACGACCACCGCAUUGAAGAGCUCAACAUCUGGACCCGGGGCUGCCGAGAGGCCCUCUUCUACUACUUCAGCAGCAUGAUGAACAGCAUAGGAGUGCUCAUCCUCGCCACCAUCAUCCUGGAGUCGGUGGACAUGGCCGGGUUGAAGUACCUGACCACGGCUCUGGAGACGAUGGAGGACCCGGAGAACCCGGAGUGUGAGAGCGACGGCUGGCUGCUGGAGAAAGGAGUGAAGGAGACGUUCGGGGAUCUGCUCGCCAAGCUGAAGACGCUGGGGAAGACCAACCAGGUGGUGGAGGGCGGGGACGCACCUGAGGCUGCCAACUGA